ACUCAGUAAGCGGAAAGAUGCUGCAUUUCGCCUGCCGCCGCAUUCAUAGAUUAAGAUGGAUUUCAGGACACACCUGUAGAUUUUUCACCUGCUCUGCAUAAUGCCUUAUCUGAGACAUUUGCUGAUUUUAGCGGUCUGCCUGGGCUCGUUUGGGGAAUGCCGAAAUAAGCGCGCCACGAGAGAGAGAAGGUGGACAGGACCCGUGGAAACUCAGAAGCACGGAACGUCCCUGGCGAAAAAGCCACCAGACGUGACAAAAUCGAGGAAACUGAAAACGGAGCAGUUGCUGAAAGUGGAUGACCAUGAUUUCACCAUGAGGCCAGCAUUUGCAGGCCCUGCUAUUCCAGUGGGAGUUGAUGUACAAGUGGAAAGCUUGGACAGGAUUUCAGAAGUAGAUAUGGACUUCACUAUGACAUUAUAUCUGAGACACUACUGGAAGGAUGAGCGCUUGUCCUUCGCCAGCACCACAAAUAAAAGCAUGACUUUCGACGGCCGUUUGGUGAAGAAGAUCUGGGUACCUGAUGUGUUCUUCGUCCACUCUAAGAGAUCUUUUAUUCAUGACACCACCACAGAAAAUAUCAUGCUGAGAGUGUUCCCUGAUGGACACGUUCUCUACAGCCUGAGGGUGACGGUAACAGCAGCCUGCAACAUGGACUUCAGUCGUUUUCCACUGGAUUCACAGAGCUGCUCUUUGGAAUUGGAGAGCUAUGCCUACACGGAUGAGGAUCUGAUGCUGUACUGGAAAAGUGGGGAUGAGUCUUUGAGUAUAGAUGAAAAAAUCUCCCUCUCUCAGUUCCUCAUACAGAAGUUUCAUACUACCUCUCGGCUGGCUUUCUACAGCAGCACAGGAUGGUACAACCGCCUCUACAUAAACUUUACGCUUCGCCGCCACAUCUUCUUCUUCCUGCUGCAGACUUAUUUCCCUGCUACACUUAUGGUUAUGCUGUCCUGGGUGUCAUUUUGGAUUGAUCGCAGGGCUGUUCCAGCCAGAGUUUCACUGGGUAUCACCACGGUGCUCACCAUGUCCACCAUCAUCACUGGGGUUAACGCUUCCAUGCCCAGAGUCUCCUACAUUAAAGCUGUGGAUAUUUAUCUGUGGGUCAGUUUUGUGUUUGUGUUCCUGUCAGUCUUGGAAUAUGCGGCAGUUAACUAUUUGACCACAGUCCAGGAGAGGAGAGAGCGCAAGCUCAGGGACCGAGUUAGAGAACAGUCCUUGCCCUGCACCUGCGGUAUGUCUCACACCAAGACCAUGAUGUUGGAUGGGACCUACAGUGAGGCUGACACCAACAGCCUGGCAGGCUACACAGAGGCUCCCAUGGUUCCAGACGAGGUGGUGCCGGAGAAACAGGAGCAUAUGGUGGUUCACCUGUCGAUGAGCAGCGAGUCCACAACCACUAAGAAGAAGGGCAUUCGCGCCUUCCGCAUUAUGCAGAAUACGCAUGCCAUUGAUAAAUACUCCCGUAUGAUCUUCCCGGGAGCCUAUAUAGUUUUCAACAUUAUUUACUGGUCGGUAUACUGCUGAUCGUGCUCUCUUUUGGACUUGAGGUUUUCAUAACUUUCAUGAUGACUCUUUGAUGGACAUCAAACAUUGGUUCACGUGAAACCAAACUGCAGUUACCUUUGUCUCUUUUCAUUCUUAAAAGACAGGUUAAAAAUGGAAAGACAAGAUAUGUAAUGUAGGAGGUUUUUCUUUCUCAAAUGAGUGCUUAAUUUAGGCCUUUUCAAGUUGAAAAUUACUUCUAAAACACUUAUCAGAUUUUGUACGGGCUUAUGUGUUUUCUCUUCAUGUUCACGUUAUUUGACUAUUAAUGAUACUGUAUGUACACUUCAAGAAAGUUGAACUGAUAUUAGCUUCUGUUUUAAAGAUGCACUAAGUAAGUUUUGAUACCUAAUGAAAUGUUAUUAAAUGUAAUUCUUAAUUCUUCAAAUCAGAUUACAGUUACUGACUUUCAAUUAAAAUAAUAAUUUUAAGUACAUUUCUUGGGUUAAACAUAUUUCUGAAAUAAUAUUACGUAUAAUACCUUUAAAAUAUAUGUUCAUAUCUAUCUCUGUGACAUCUGAAGUGUGUUUGACAGUGAACAAAGAGGAAAUAUAGACAUUUUUAAUUUGUUGAGUAUAAAAAACAAAACUUCCCUAUGAAAAGUGUUUUAGAAAGUAACUAAAGUAUUCAAUAAUGUGAUUACUUUUCAGUGAAGUAAGCUGUAAAGUAAUCUGAUUACAACUUUAUAGAUGUAGUGAGUAAUUUGUAGUGGAUUACUUAUUUGAGUAAAUUACCCAACACUCCUCACCAGUCCAAACAGAGUAAAAAUUACUAAGUAAAAUUACUUGGUGCACCUUUUAGUCUAUUUAUUUGUUCAUCAACACAAUAUCCAGUUUUUUUCAUUUAGGAAAGAGCGUGUUCAUGAUAAGGCAAUCACUCACAUAAUGUAUCAUAUUUAGCACUAACAAGAUAAAGAAUCUCCUGACAGUUUAUGGUAAAUAUGGCUGCAUAUGUGUGUGUUUGCAUAUGUAUGUGUAUUUGAUACGAUUACAUUUCACAUUUGAAAAAUAAAUCACUUGGUCUUUAUUGUUCAUCUGCAUGCAUGUUAGUUUACUGAUUAUACAUUUUAGUAUGACAUUAGUCAUACUCCAGUUUAAACCUACAGAUUUGCCAUUAUACCUUACAAAGUUGAGUAUACAAGCUUGUUCAAGGUGAGUUUGAAAUGCAUAUAAACAUUCUUGAAUACAAUUUGAAACUGCCUUAUGUGCAACACUAAACACUGACAAUAGACAUUUUGUUAACUUUUUGUCUUUUGGUGGGACAAUUUUAGUGCACAUAAAGGCAUUACAUGCAAAAUUGUAAAAUACUUGUCAAUGUAAAUUUAAAAUACUGUGAACUGUACAUGUGCUUGAAGUUCUUGUUUAUACUUGUUUGAAAGAUACCAAACUAUCACAUCUAUAAAGGCAUUGCUGUUUCUGUAAUUGUUGAGAAGUUAAGAAUGUACAAUGUGUUAACCAGAAAA